AUGAAUUUAUUGGUCCAAUUUUUUAGUAUUGCUUUAUUGUAUAUCCAAUGGAAUUCAUACGUCGGUGCACAGAUACGAGAAAAUCAAAUUGAUGCACAAGCUCCUCAACAAGUGCUUGCGCCUCAACAAGUGCGGCCACAAGCGCCGGUACAAUUACAAACUGCUCCCCAGGUGCUGCAACAAUUGCCGGUGAAUUCACCGAAUGAUCAACAGCAAGGAUUGGAUACAUCUAGGAAACAUUUGACAGAUUACGAAGAAUGUAAGGAAGAUGUACAUAAAUAUUGCUUUCGCCCUGGAGUGGAACUCCAAAGCGAUAUGUCGGUAUUGGAAUGUCUUCAAGACGUUAAAUUAAGCGAAACGGAACUUCUUACUGCUCCAUGUGAACAUCUGGUUUGGGAUUUCAAAGUAAAUUUGACUCAGGAUGAUCAAUUUCGGCAAGCAUCGAAACUUUUUUGUAAAGACGAAAUAGUGGCUAAUCCAGCUUUAACUCAAUGUGCAGAAGCAAUAAAACCUGGUCAUGCACUUUCAUGUUUCAUCGAUUUCAUACUAAAUUUGCCGAAGGAAUCUAGAUGUUUCCAAUUUUUGGAUCGUUCUGCUAGACUUGCAUUCUCUGACUUUCGUGUUGUUGGUCCGUUUGUGGCAGUGUGUAAAAAUACAAUUAAAAGGCUUCAGUGUGGAACAUUAACUCCACCAUCUGCUCAUGCUAAAGCUCGGGUACCACAUUCUCAAGGACAUACAUUGGAAUGUUUGAUAAGUAAAAUUUAUCAAGCUCAGCAAAAAGAUCCUAAGACAAUGCCAAUUGUUGACGAAGCAUGUCAACAUGAAAUCAUGCGAAUAGCUGAAUUACAAACGGAGGAUUUCCACCUCGAUAGACCACUUUAUUUUGCAUGUCGGGAAGAUCGAGAGAAAUUUUGCAAAACUGUUCAAUCAGGACAAGGAAAGGUAUUGGAGUGCUUGCUUACUCAUCGAACAGAUGCAAUGAUGGAGCCAGAAUGCUCAAAGCUUUUGGCGGAACGGGCUAAUAUGAUGGGACAAAAUUAUCGGUUAUCACAUCCAUUGCUUGGUGGUUGUGCAACGGAAAUGAAGGAAUUCGGGUGUGCACCAUCAGCAUUAUUUUCCGGCUCCCCAAAUUUCCAUCUAAGCUGGGUACUUCUAUGUCUGGAAAAUGCAGCACAUGCAAAUCCCGGUAAAUUAUCCGAAAAAUGUCAACAUGAAAUGGUUUCACAUCGUAAAAUGAUGAUGAGCGAAUUUCGACUAAGUCCAGAAGUUGUUAUGACCUGCGGCAGAGAAAUCGAUAUGUUCUGCAGUCCAAAAGGUGAUAUUGAGGCGGAAGGUCGAACUCUGCACUGCUUAUUGAGCCACGCACAAGAGCGUAAUGAAAAUCAAAGACUUGGUCCGCAGUGCAUGCAAGCUUUACAGACUGUCAUGAAGGUCGCCGAUGUUGGUUCAAAUUACAAAGUGGAUGAAGUUUUAUAUGCCAGCUGUAAAAGACUGAUCGAUGGUCCAUGUGCAAUGGAUGCUCAAUCGGAAGCGAACACCUUGGGCUGUUUGAUGAAACAUAUGGAUUUUGACAUGCCAAAGGAAUGUGAACAGCGACUCUUGGAAGUGCAGUACUUUAUCUCUCGCGAUUGGACACUUGAUCCACAACUUUAUUUAGCAUGCCAUGAAGAUGCUGUUUCCAAGUGUUCUGCUAAUGCUAAUUGGCAUCAACAACCGAAUCAACAUGGACCAGAUCCUGGACCAAUCGUACUUGCAUGUCUCUAUCGUGCGGCCUACAACGAUCAGAAUCCGCUCAGUCCUGAAUGUGCCUCAAAUGUGCGUCGUGCCUUGCGUACUCGUGCAGUACGUGUAAAUUUAAUGCCCGAUAUCGAAUCUUCUUGUCGGGAGGCUCUAUCAGAGUACUGCUCCACUGACGUGAAACCCACUCAGGAAAUGAGAUGUCUACAAGAAUAUUUCCAGCAAGAUAAGUUCAUAAAAAAGUACGGCGAAUGUUCCGCUGCUGUAAGUGAUUAUACGAAAAUGAUGGCUAAAGAUACUGCUCUGAAUCAAGCGCUUACGAAAGCUUGCAGACCUGUCAUCUCGAAAUAUUGCCAGCAAUAUAUUAACGAGGAGAUCGAUCAUGGCGAUGUGUUAGAAUGUUUGCUAGAUAACAAAGGCCAACCAGAAAUGACUUCCAAAUGUCGUUCAUAUAUAAAUCACUUUGAGCUUAUUACUCUACGCGACUUCAAAUUCGAUGAACGUUUCGCACAAUACUGCUCUAAUGACAUUAAGAAAUACUGCACGGAAGCCAGUACCGAUAAGGCUGAAAUAAUUCGUUGUUUAUCAACAAUUAUGUUUGAACAUAAAGUGCUUGGAACACCAGAUGACCUAGAAAAAGAUUGCAAAAAAUAUUUGAAGGCUGCAUAUCUUCAUCAAGAACAGGUGAAUUUCGACGACAAGUCGCAUAUGUUGGAUGCUGAUCCUGCGUUGGUGAAGAAAUGUAGUCAGGAAAUGGAUCGAUUUGGUUGCCGACAAGAAAAGUAUUUUGAAGAUGUGGUUGAAUGUUUACGUUCAAAAUAUGAUGAAUUAGGCGUAGAAUGUAAAGCAGUUAUUUUUACACGGGAGAAAAUCGAAGCAGUGGAUAAUCAGUUUGAUGAUGUGCUUCAGUAUCAUUGUCGCGCUGACAUAGACAAAUACUGCCAUGCAGAAAGAGGUGACAGGAUGCUGGAAUGCUUGAAAAAUAUGAAGAUCAUACGUUCCUUGUCACCAAAAUGCCAAAAAAUUGUGUGGGAAAGGAUGCGAGAGCAAGCUAAAGAUGUGCGUUUGAAUAUUGGUCUUCUGGAAGCAUGUAGAGAAGAGGCCGAACAUUACUGUCCUGAUGAUUACAAGAAAAUAAACGACCCACAGUAUGCGAAGAAAACGCUGGAGGGCGUUUUCAUCAUGUGUUUGCGUUCUCAAUAUGCCGAUCCACAGAAAUCAAUACAUCUGAAUGCUAAAUGCAGGAAUGAGAUAGCGAACAUUAUUUUGGAAAGCGAAUUUGAUGUUCGAUUAGAUCCACAACUGUACAAAGCUUGUAAGAACUCUAUUUCAAAGCACUGCUCUAAUGAUGUUAUAAAGCGUGGUGGAACUUUUGAUUCAGUUUUGGAAUGUCUCAAAGCCGAUUUUAGGCUUAGUGCCAUUAGAGAUGCCGAUUGUACACGACAGAUUGCUAGACGCUUGCAAGAAUCCUUAAUUGACAUCCACCUCGAUCCGGUGCUGCAUGAAGCUUGCGCUAAUGACAUUCAGCGAUUGUGCUACGAUGUGCCACCAGGACAAAGUCGAUUGAUUAUAUGUUUGUUGGAUUCGUUGGAGGGUGAAAACCUAAAGCUUUCACCAACUUGCAGAAAUAAACUUACGGAAAGAAAUAAUUUAUGGAAUAAAGCUUACAGGGAACAACAGAUAGCACUGCCGGAAUCAUUUGCCGAAGUGGUGAACAUUGUAGUAAGUCACCCGCAACGAAAUUCAUUGCUUACACGUUUUGGCGCUUUUAUCUUAAUACUGUUUUUCGUUGGAUGCUGCUGCGGACGGGCAACAAAACGUAUAAAACGUGAAAUGAAGAAUCGUUAA